CCUGGCAACCUGGUCCACCUCCACUGUAAACAGCAGAGCACCCACUCCGGUCCUCUGUAACCUAAACAAUGACAACAACCUGACCAAUGGACCAAUGCAAGUUUGGAGCUAGAUCAUGAAUGACAAACUAGUGUUCUUGGGCCUGCUGUACUUCGUCCAGGGUAUCCCCUACGGUCUCCAAUCCUCCCUGCUUCCUGUCUACCUACGUGGAGCUGGCCAUUCCCUGACACGCAUUGGCUUCACCAAGAUUCUCUAUUUCCCAUGGGUCCUCAAGGUGCUCUGGGCUCCUUUAGUUGACAGGAUUGGAACAAAGCGACGCUGGCUGGUGGGGACAGUAUCUGGACUGGCACUGACAUGUCUCUUCAGUUCUGCACUGGCUCCAGAGAUGCACAUUUGGGGAGUAGCCGGAACUCUGCUAGCCAUGAACACCCUGGCCUCUGUACAAGAUAUUGCAGUAGAUGGAGCAGCAGUGGGACUGUUGAAAGGUCGAGGGGAGCUGGGAUUGGGUAACACAGCCCAAGUUGUGGGCUAUAAAGCUGGAUCAGUGUUUGCUGGAGGCGGGCUGCUGGCUGUGAUUGACGUGGCCGGGUGGAGAUGGAUGUUUGUGCUGCUAACUUUCGUGUAUGCAGGUGUGGCCCUUUUUGUGUGGGGAGCUCCUGUGUUGGAUGAGGAAACUGUGAGGGCCCAGCAGGUGGAUGCAAGCAAAAGAGGAGGACAGGGAGUUGAUGGCUUGAGGCCAUGGAGUGUGUGGAGGAAGAUGCUGGCAGUCCCAGGCACCCCUUGGACAGUCCUUUAUGUGCUCACAUACAAACUGGGCGAGCAGGGUGCAGUCACUAUGUUUCCCUUGUUUCUGUUGGAUCACCACAUGACCGCCAGGGAACUUGGCUUCUGGAACGGCGUCAUCGCCAUGGGCUUCUCCAUCUGUGGCUCGUCACUGGGAGGCCUGCUGCUUGCUCAGUUCAGCAUCGGCGCUCUGAUGCGGCGUGUUUUUGUCUUGCGGACUGUCAGUAUGGUCUUCCAGAGCUCUUUACUCACUGUGCUGGAACCAUCGCCACUGAUGAAAGGUAUGGCCAUCAUGAGCAUGAGCGUUCAGCACUUUCUGGGUGGUCUGAUCACCACUCUCACCUUCACUACCAUGAUGCAUUGCACUCAAAGAGCUGAGGAGAGCAUACAGGCAACCCACUACAGUUUCCUGGCCACUCUGGAGGUACUGGGCAAGCUGACGUUCAGUGCUCUGGCCGGGGGUGUGGUGGAUUGGUUUGGUUUCCAAGUGGCCUUCCUCUUCUUCCUGACCCUCUCUGCUGGAACGGCACUGCACGUAUGGACGGCGACCUUCACUGGUGCUCUUAGGGAACACCAGGGAACCACAAAAUGAAUACAAAAUGACAAUGAAAUGAAUAUCAAGAUCUAAGAUGUUUGGCUAAAUCUCCACAUACAGAUAUUUAAAUAACUGUAUGAUAUAGUGUAUCUUCCCGUCCCCGCGAGAUGAUGUAUAGUUGUCCCUCGCCACAUCGCAAGUCGAAAUUUGUGUCUUCACUCUUGCGGUUUUUAAAAACAUAUUAAUUAAUAAAUCAUGCAUUUUCUUGGUUGAAUAUGACCCAUUAUUUUUAAAAAAGUAUGCACAUUUAACCAAAUGUAAGCAUUUUCUAGCAUAAAAAUGGCUAAAUGAAGUCAAAUAUAAGGUAUUAAGAAGACACAGAUUGUGAUAUGCAGUAUUCUACACUGGUCACUAGGUGUCAGUAGGUGAAACAUACAAGCGCCAGACUCGAUCACCGGACAAACAGGCUUUUAUUGCAGGUUUGAAAUAUCUCACAACAAGCACAAUAAUAAUAAUAAGAUAAUAAAUAACAGGGCUACUGUUGCGUCAGUAAUCCAGAUAAAACUCAACUCUGAACACACAAUGUCACUUCCUGUCCACACGUCCGGAACACGCGUACUGUAACACACACAGGCACUAGUGUUAUUUAUGUCUUAAAUGGCUUAUUUACUCUUAUUAUGUCUACUAUAUUGGGUAAUAGAAAUGAAACGUACUACAGGGGUGUUAUUCCAUGUCUAGAAGGUGCCAAUAAUGUUAAAAACCGUAUUUAGAAGGUCAUCAACAGGGCCCGUAUUCACAAAGAUUCUCAGAGUCCUCUCAGAAAGCUCCUAACUUAGCCUAAAAAUUCCUAGCAAGGAAUCUUAGCUUAAGAGUGAUUAAGGAAGUUCCUGAGAGCAACUCUGAGCAAGGAGGGGACAAUGAGGAGGUGUGGUUGACCCUGUUUCGGGCCCAGGUUUCUCUGCUCUAACUGCGAGAAUAUUUGAUGUAUACAUAAGGAAUCCUACUUCACGGGAAUCCACUUAUCACUCAUUCGGUGGGUCUGGAACGAAUGAACCGCGACUAACGAGGGAUUACUGUAUAUAAAUAAGAUAAUGGAGUACAAGUGUGCAGUCACGGGACAAACCAAAAAAAAACAAACGUUUUCAUACUGGCUGGAGUUGUCCAAAAGCUUUGGUCAAAAUGCAUACAAAAAACGUCCGUUUUUCAAAAUGUGUGUCCGUGGACAUGGUCAUCAUAGGUGCUGAAAAAGUCUUGAAAUAACAUGGCUGCUUGUCCCCAGAUAAUCGCGACUAUGAAAUAACAUGAACAACAUUUCACAUUUUUCAUGUAGAAACAAGAUAGAAAUUCUAUUAUUAUUUUUUUAAAGAUACAUUUCUCUGCAACCCAUUUUAUUUUAUUAACAAUGAAAGUCUAAAAAAGUCUUACAUUUCACUGUAGUGUGAUAAAACCAGGAGCCAAGCUUUGUGUGAUAAGCGUGACCAUUUGUGUGUUGAGCGGUGGUGUGUAGUCUUGCUGUACUCACGAUGAGGACAGCUGCGAUCUAGCAAAUUCAAGCAGUUUUAUUGUGUUAAGCAUUUUAAUGUGAACAAUCGAGGCACUUAGAGCUUUAGCCAAAAGCAAUAUCACAAGGCCCUCCUUGUGAUGCUUAAUGUAUGAAUAUAAACGGAUCAUUUCUAUGGUUUAUAGUUGUUAUCGAGACAUGAGUCUUCUACCUCUUAUCAACCAUGCAUGGUACGACACACAAAAUGUGAACUCUGCAGCUGUACUGUACAUUUAGUCUCAAGUAACAGAUGCACAAUGUUAGCAAAGCAGCAACUGUUAACCACAGAGGUUUGGUAGGGUGUCCAUAUGUUAAAAAGGAGCAUUGCUUUUAGCGGGGGAGGUUGUCUUGACAGAAAAUCAAACUGGUACGGUAGUUCAGCAGUACUGCUGUAUGCACACCUUCAGCUGCAUCAUAGCUCAACUUCACACACUGCAUGGUGUCAUCUUGUAGACAUCACAAUAAACUCUGCAAUAAGCCUGUUCUGUGAAACUUGAAAGACCAAUGUCACACAUUUCACUUUGUCAGUUUAAGUUUAAAAAAAAAAAAAAAAAGAGUGCACUGUAAUAUGCAAAAUGUACUGUCAUAUAUACUGUAACUCUCCAUGGUACUGUGUAUCCAGUGUAACUUUUGCCAGGCCUACGUGGAAUGUUUUCCUCACUAGGCUGUGAUUCUAAAACUAAUGCAAAUGAAUGUACUGUACUAUAGGAAAGUUAGUCUUAGCUCUAAAGCCAGCAGUCUUUCUAACAGUCACGUGCUUUUACAAUACUAAGUGAAUAGAUGUCUACAAAGGACUAUUAGGGCUACACUUCAAAAAAACAUGAAAUCAUACUAUACAAUUACAACAAUAAGGUUGACAUUACUACAAAAAAGUCCUGCUUGUACCUGUAUAUGCUUAUGCUUGUAAUAUUACAUGUUUUUCCACACAAACAAGCAUAAACAUAUGCACAAUUAAGUACAGAAUUAGUUUCACAAACAGUGACACACUAAUCAGUGUGAACUGUUUAAUGUUUGCGCAAAUGUUUUUGUCUGUUAAUGAGAAACAGCGACUUUACAAUUUCCCCUGGAAUUUUCCCCUUGUGGGACCAAUAAAGGCAUAUCUUUUCUUAUCUUAUCUUAUCUGAACUUAUUAAAUGAUUAUUUCAUGGUUUUACCUCACAGCAGGGGCAGCACGCUGUCGCCUGUGGUUAGCAUGGCUGCCGCACAGCUUCCUCCAACAGUCCAAAAACCUGCCUUUUAGGCCAAUUGGAGACUCUAGAUGGUGUGAAUGGUUGUUUGUCUGUAUGUGUCCUGUGACUGACUGGUGACCAGUGAAGUCAGCUGCGGUAGGCUCCAGCUGACCCGUGACAUGCAACAGGAUAAAUGGUUAAACAACAACUGAUGAAUCAUAUACAGCAGGGGUGUCCAAAGUGCGGCACGCGGAUUGUUUUUUAUUGGCCCACUGCACACUGUAGAAAUAAAAUUAACCAAAAAAAAACCCAACAGAAAUGAAAAAAGGUAGAAUGUGAAAAGAAAAAACUGAAAUGUUGAUACUAAUAACUAAUAACAAGCUUUGUCUUGAAAUAUAUACAUUUUUUACAGUCUUUUUACAAAAUAAAAACAAAUAUAUAAAAACAUCAAAGUGACUUCCUGCAUCUUUUGAUGUUUUAGUGUGUGGCCCUCGGUGGAAAAGGUUUGGACACCCCUGAUAUACGACAUGUCUCAGCAACUAUUCACCUGAUAUAGUACACCUUUUUCUAUUCCUAUUUCAUGUUAUAAUAUUAUGACUUCAUUUUCAAAACUGUUGUUGUUCUUUGGCCUUUUUUCCCACUUGGGCCAUAAUGCUCCUUUGUAGACAUCACACCAGUAAUUAAUAAUGCCUUUCAGUUGGUCAUCCUCUGACUUGUUGCAAAGCACAUCUCUUAUCUCAACUACUGUCAGAUUUGCACACAAAAAAAUAAAUAUGAACUGCUGGGUAAACUUAGCAGUUUCAUGGGUUUGUGUGUGUGUCUUUGUCUUCUGAGCUUUGCCUUUUCACCUCAGUGGUGUAAUCCUGUGUAGUCUUUAAGGGCGAAGACUGACUGUAUUCUCUCUACAAUGUGGCUAGCUGUGGGCUAUUGGGCUGAAAAGGUCCUGUGUCACUGUAUCCACAUCCAAUGCACCUCUAAUGACACAACAAAUGCUGUGAAGGGGGAUUAGGCAGGUUUACAUGGCACUUCAAUGCACCUCCACUUUAGGCUUGCUCACCAAGUCUCAUUAUGUGGGAGUUAUGUUUGUGUAGCGAGAUAGG